AGCUUCUAUUAAUCAUUUUGUUACUUUAGUUUAUAAUUAAUUUUGGCUAAGUAUUUGUUAAUUCAAUUUAAUUUAAUAGAAACAACAAAAAUGUUUCGAAGUGUCAAAUUGAUUACAUCAAUGCCAGCAAGACAAUUGCUGUUUAGUGAAGCUCCAAGAAUAUCACAAUGUUAUAUCAGAUUACAAUCCUCAAGUACUGGAGCUACUCGGACACAAAGCACUGCAACGGCUGCAGUAGAUACUGCAGAAAUAGCAAAAGAAAAUGUAAAAGGUGAAAAAAGCAAUGCCACAACUGCCCCAACAUCCAAAUCGUUUGUAAUGAAUAUCUUCAAAGGUGAACUUGUCACAGAACAGAUUUUACCAUUCCCAAAAACAUUAACAGAAGAACAAGAGGAAUUUGUGAAAGCUAUGAUUGAUCCAGUUACUAAAUUUAUGAAUGAGGUCAAUAAUCCUGCCGCAAAUGAUACCCUGGAAAAAGUAGAAGAUGGGACAUUUGAAGGAUUGAAAGAACUGGGUGCAUUUGGUUUGCAGGUACCUGCAGAAUUAGGAGGAGUUGGACUAUCCAAUACACAAUAUGCAAGAGUAGUUGAAAUUGUUGGAGGACAGGACAUGGGUGUCGGUAUUGCUCUUGGUGCCCAUCAGUCAAUCGGCUUCAAAGGGAUUUUACUUCGAGGAACUCAGCAACAAAAAGAAAAAUAUCUUCCAACACUUGCAAGUGGAGAAAAGUUGGCUGCAUUCUGUUUAACUGAGCCUGCGAGUGGAUCUGAUGCAGCUUCGAUUCAAACACGAGCAGUGAAGAGUGAUUGCGGAAAAUAUUACAUCAUGAAUGGAAGCAAAAUUUGGAUUAGUAAUGGAGGAGUUGCUGAUGUAUUUACUGUGUUUGCACAAACUGCGGUGAAACAGAACGAUGGGUCAACGAAAGAUAAAAUAUCUGCAUUCAUCGUUGAGAGGGAUUUUGGUGGAGUUACAAGCACUUUCUUUUAAAAACAGUGGUCCCCAGAGAAAAAGAUGGGAAUCAAAGCAUCUAACACAGCAGAAGUUUAUUUUGAGGAUGUAAAAAUACCUGUGGAAUGUAUGCUCGGUAAAGAAGGAGAUGGAUUUAAGAUUGCUAUGCAUAUUCUCAACAAUGGGAGGUUUGGUAUGUGUGCUGGUCUUUCUGGAACGAUGCAGACUAUGAUCUACAGAGCGGCAGAACACGCGUCCAACAGGACACAGUUUGGUAGCAAAAUCCACGAAUAUGGUACAAUUCAAGAAAAACUUGCUCGUAUGCAAAUGAUGCAGUAUGUAACUGAAUGUAUGGCAUAUGUAGUUUGUGCAAACAUGGAUGCCGGCUAUGAAGAUUUUCAAUUAGAAGCUGCCAUUGCUAAAAUAUUUGCAUCUGAAUCUGCAUGGACAGUGAUUGACGAAUGUCUUCAAAUUAUGGGUGGAAUGGGGUAUAUGAAGGAUGCUGGAAUUGAACGAUUCAUGAGAGACAUCAGGAUAUUCCGUAUUUUUGAAGGAACCAAUGAAAUUUUGAGACUUUUUGUUGCCCUUACAGGUAUUCAAUAUGCUGCCAAAGCAAUGGAACCUGUUACAAAAGCCAUGAAAUCACCAAUCACAAACAUGGGAACACUGUUUGGAUUUGGAACCAAAUAUGUUACAAAAAGAACAAAGAGAGCAUUGGGCAUUGGUGGAGGCCUUCAAAUACCGUCAGACAUCCAUGCAGAUGUGUCGAAUUCUGCAGCUCUUCUCACAAAAGCAAUCUUCAAAUUUAGUUUGGCUUCAGAAGAUUUGAUGUUGAAAUAUGGAAAGAAGUUGGUUGAUGAGCAAUUCCUCCUAAAUCGAGUCGGUAAUUCUGCAAUUGAUAUAUUUUCAAUGAUGGCUGUGAUUUCUCGAUCUUCCAAGGCACUUAGCGAUGGCACUGAUGGAGCAAAUAACGAAGCACGUAUGUGUAACAUAUGGUGUGCCGAAGCUGCAAAGCGUAUUGAAGACAACCUCGACAUAGUCGGGAGCAAGGCGGCAAAACAACAAUUUGCGGACAUGUCAGCAAUUGCGACAGAGAUUAUCGACAAGCAGGGAAUUAUACAAAAGCAUCCCCUGGGAUUCUGAGAAUGUUUCUUCAUAAAUUUAUGAAAGUUCAGUUCCAAGUUCAUUUCUUAUCUUAUGUUUAUUCAACUACAAUGUAAUGCCAGGCAACGUUCAAUUCACUCUUGUGAUAU